AAGUAUUGAAUUUUUUUUAAAAAAAAAACAAUGUUGGGUGACUUCAUUAACAGAAUUUUUGUGUUGGCUCUUGGAUAUGCGUAUCCAGCAUUUGAGUGCUUUAAAACGGUGGAGAAGAACAAAGUUGGAAUCGAGGAACUCAGAUUUUGGUGCCAAUAUUGGAUCCUUAUGGCGUUUCUGAUAGUUUUCGAAUGGACAGGGGAAGUAUUCAUUUCAUGGUUGCCGAUGUAUGGCGAGAUGAAGGUUGGAAUGUUAGUGUACCUGUGGUAUCCUAAAACAAAGGGAACUGGUUAUGUAUAUGAUACCUUGCUUCGGCCAUUCAUGGCAAGACAUGAAACAGAAGUGGAUAGAAAGAUUCAAGAGAUCAAAGCUAGAAUUUGGGACUUUAUUUUUAAAUACUGCCAACGUUUCGCAGUAAUGGGGCAGGGAAAAUUCUUUGAAAUGCUUCAAUACAUGGCAAACCAAUCUUUGAAGUUUAAACAAGCUAAUCAGGUAGUUCUUCAGGUAAUGUAUUUGGUGAUUCAUUUUGCAUGA